AUGGCUUCCUUGUCGCGUAUCUUAACGACCCUAAUAAUUACCGGCCACACGCUGGCCGGUGCUCUAGACGGACACAUUGGGAGACAGAUCUCCACGAUCGAUCGAUCUUCGUUGAACGGCAAGUUGUUUGUCGGUUACCAGGCCUGGUUUCGGAAACCAUUUGAAGAUAAUGGGAACUCCCAUUGGACAACUGAUAAGCCGACUCCCGAGGUCGGCCAUGUUGGUGUUGACAUGAUACCAAAUGUGACGGGCUAUCCAACAGAGUGUCUAUUCAACACGGCUUUUACUCUCCCGGAUGGCAACCCCGCGCAGUUCUACACCAAUCACUGCGAAGGCGUUGUCGAUCUACAUUUUAAGAUGAUGGCGGACUACGGCAUUAGUGGGGCAUUCAUACAACGCUUCUAUGGCUAUAUCAACGAAGCUCACGGUGGCUGGGUUGAUAUCCUCGGCUACGCCAAAGCGGCUGCGGAGAAAUACGGCCGCGGAUUCGCGAUCGAAUACGACCUGAACGGUGCUGCUACAAGCUCAACAAACAUAACCGAUACUUUUCUAACAGACUUGGCUGCACUUGGCUCCAUUACUUCUUCGCCGGCCUACAUGAAUCAUAACGGAAAGCCUAUUCUUGAAAUUUGGGGGUUUGGUAUCGUUAACGGUGUCACAGCUAGAGACGGACUUGCCAUCGUAACCGCUCUGAAGGAUGCAGGCUGUUACGUGAUCUUGGGAGUUCAACAAGCUUGGCAUGCCGAGCUGGUUGAGGACCGGCCGGACGGAUUCGGACCUGUGUAUCGGUUAGCGGACAUGAUACAGCCAUGGACUGUCGGCGCCUACGGAAUCGAUAACUAUGACGACUUCCACGAUGGGAGGCAGGCCGUCGAGGAUGCUAGCGCUCUUCGAGACCUAGGGAUAGAAAGCAGCAUAGUAGUUUGGCCCGGUGGUUCAAGCAGCAAUGCGAAUCCGAACGAAGCCUUCGAUCGUUUUCCGCGGUGGAACGGUUCGUUCUACGAGAGGCAAUUGCGUGGAGCGGUAGACUUGAAGCCAAGUUUUAUUUUUGGCGCGAUGUUCGACGAGGUCAACGAGGGUACUGCCAUCUUCCCGGUGUUGAGAAAUAAGGAGCUUCCUGUUAAUCAGAGAUUUCUUGGCAUCGACGACGAUAUGGAGCCGGACACAUAUCUCAAACUAGCUGGGGAUUAUGCAUCUAGAUUAGCUAGCCAGUGGCUGUAA